AUGUCAACAAACGUUCCACAAUUACCGAUCUCAUGGGACCAUGAUGCAAAUACUAUAAAAUCAGAGACAGAUCGUCUCAUCAAGGAAGCUCAGGCCUUAGAUGAUGCUGUAGCCACAAUCAAGCCGGAAGAUGCUACCGUUGAAAAUGUCAUUAUCCCUUUUGCAGAUUUAGAAAAUAGACAUAGCGCAUUAAUUGGUCAGUUAUCAUUUUACCAGCAUGUUUCUCCAGAUAAGGCUAUAAGGGAUGCAUCUAAUGAAGCAGAUGAAAAAUUUACAAAUUUCUCUAUUGAGUCCGGUCUUAGAGCUGAUGUCUACAAAGUUGUUCAUACAGUUUAUCAGAAUGUGAAAAAGAAUCCAUCCUUAGUGAAGGAUUCGGAGACAAAAAGAUUCAUCGAAAAAUUUGAUCAGCAGUACCGCAGAAACGGUCUAGGACUUCCUGCAAGUAAGAGAGCAAAAGUGAAGGAAUUGCAACAGAAGCUUUCGAAGCUGUCUUUAGAGUACUCUAAGAACUUAGGUGAAAACACGGAAUACAUUCUUUUCACAGGAGAAGAGUUGAAUGGUGUUCCGGAUGAUGUUAAGGCCCAGUUUGCUAAAAUUGAGGAUAAAUCAGGUGUUAUCAAAUACAAGAUGACCUAUAAAUAUCCUGAUCUAUUUCCCGUCUUAAAAUUUGCCUCAAAUGCAUCCACUAGAAAGGCUGCUUUUGUCGGUGACCAGAAUAAGGCCGCUCCAAAUGCUGAUAUUCUUAUUCAGGCAGUGAAACUUCGUGCUCAAUUGGCAAAGCUUUUGGGCUAUAAGAAUUUCUCGGAAUACAUUUUGGAUGAUCGAAUGGCUAAAACGCCUGAAACAGUUAUGAACUUUUUGAACGAUUUAAAGGGCAAGUUAACUCCUUUGGGAAAAAAAGAGAUUACAUCCUUGAAAGCCUUAAAGAGUAAAGAUUUAAAGGAGAGAAAUCUUGAAGACGAUCAGAAGUAUUAUGUCUGGGAUCAACGUUACUACCAUACGAUGAUGCUAGAAAAGCAAUACAAAGUUGAUGAGGUAAAAAUCGCAGAGUAUUUCCCUAUGCAACAUACGAUUGAGAAGAUGCUUGGCAUUUAUGAGCACAUCUUUAACUUGAAAUUUGUUGAGAUUACCAAGGAGAACAAGCUGUAUAAUACUUGGCACAAAGAAGUGAAGCAGUUUGCCGUGUGGAAGAUGGAUAAUCAAGAAAAUCCAGAAUUUGCGGGUUAUUUGUUUUUUGAUCUUCACAGUAGACCAGGUAAAUAUGGUCAUGCUGCAAACUUUGGCUUACGUCCCGGUUAUACGGAUUUGAAGACAGGAAAAAGAGUGUACCCUUCAACCGCCUUGGUUUGCAAUUUCACGAGAGACACAAAAGAUAAGCCGGCCCUUUUAAAGCACGAUGAAGUGACCACGUUUUUCCAUGAGUUGGGACAUGGCAUUCAUGAUUUAUUAGGAAAGACCAAGUAUUCCAGAUUCAGUGGAACAUCCGUUCAUUGGGACUUUGUUGAAAUGCCGUCUCAAUUCCUUGAGAAUUUCUGCUGGGACAAGAGGCUUUUAAAGCAGCUUUCUUGCCAUUACGUGAGUAAUGAACCACUUCCUGAUGAAUUGAUUGAUUCUUUGAUACGCUCAAAGAAUGUCAAUGGAGCUUUAUUCAACUUGAGACAGUUACACUUUGGUUUGUUCGACAUGGCUUUACAUACAUCAACUGAUGGAAAUGUCGACAUUAAUGAUCUCUGGAAUGGAAUGAGAGAAAGGAUUGCUUUACUUAGUAACGGUGGAGUUAUCACAAAGGGCUUCGGAAGUUUUGGACAUUUGAUGGGUGGCUAUGCCUCUGGAUACUAUGGAUAUCUUUGGUCUCAAGUGUUUGCAGAAGAUAUUUACUACACCAAGUUUAAAAAUGAUCCACUAAACAUAAGGAGCGGCAUGGAAUACAGAGAUAAAAUCUUAGUUAAGGGUGGCUCUGGUGAUGAAAUGGAUUAUUUAGUUGAUUUACUUGGAAGAAAGCCUAAUUCGGAAGCUUUCUUGAAGGAGUUGGGUAUUCAAAAAUGA